AUGAAACGACAUAUCAGUCAGAAGCAGGCGGCUCAGGGCUCCGAUAUUUAUGAGGCCGAGUUAGUAGCGGUGGAAGGAAAGGAAAUAGAAUCUCACUACGUUCUAGCGCGAGAACGGAUUCGUCGUUGGAAUUCAACGUCUAAGUGUUAUCUGCUUGUGGAAAACUUACCAACUCCAUUACAAGCUGGAGGAGUAGCAAGCGCCAGUGUUUGGUCGUCUUGUGGUUGUCGACAGCGCCUGCUUGCGGCGGUUACAAGCGGAGGUCGCGCUGUACACUGGGCGGCAGUACCAGCACCUACACGGAACCAUAGCGAUCUUUGCCGAUUUAACUAUACAUUCCCCGUGACAGCUGACAUGGCGCCAGUUAGCUCUCUACUCGUCUACUACGUUACAGAAAACGGCGAACCAGUCAGUGAUGUGGUCAGUUUUCACGUGAAGCUUCUUCAUAAAGAGGUGGCAGUGGCAAUUGAGGAAAGACGAUGGUGGUAUCCAAGGGCGAGUCUCCAGCUCAGAGUCUUGGCACCCCCCGACUCCAUGAUGUGCUUGAUUGGAGCUCGCACACCAACUGAUUCCCGGUUCGAUGGACAUUCUUCUUCAUCAGAACACGAAGAUCUACCUGGACCGGAGUUCGUAUCAGCUGGCGUGUCACUUUUCGUGGGUGGUGGCGCCUGCGGUGGUGGUGUCUUAUACCGACAGAGAACACCCCAAGUUCGGUCUCCAGCUCAUCUAGUACCACCGGCCACGCAUGAUAGACUCUGGAUGUGGAAGUGCUUUAAUUACACGACUCAGCUAUCGACUGAUGGCGUAACAAUCGCGGCUCCAUCGGAAGCCGGUCGCUGGUCACUCUGGGCACUUUCUCUUUCGAGCCGAGGUCUUCGAUUUUCUGCUCCGAAGACCAUCAACGUCUUCCGGCCUAUACAACUGGACUUCGCCCUCCCUCCAGCCCUAAAAGUCGGCGAAACUGUCGAAGUGGAUGUGAAGAUAACGAACAAUAUUAACAAUUGUAUGGAUGUUACCGCACUUUUAGCACUAAGUGCUGGAGCUGCGUUUGCCAGUACUGGGGCUUUAUAUGUUACCGAAAGACUUCGGUUGGGACCACGCGGCGGCACCCAACUCGUCGUAAGAGUCGCUGUUAAUACACCUGGAAGAAAGAAUAUUACAGUUGAAGUAACCGGAUAUAGUGCUGACAACUGUUCAGUCUCCUAUACCUCCUUCAACAAUGAAACACUUGUGGGCUCUGUGAUUCGAUCAGCUAGUGUUCUGGUCUUGCCAGAAGGUCUGCAUAGAAGCGAUACGCAGAGUGCAUACUUCUGUGCUAAUGAACAUCUGGCGGUAUCAUCUCGCGGUUCAUGGGAGUGGCAAUGGGUGGCUGCACCGAGGAAUCGGGCGGGUUUAGUCCUCGAACUCAGAGCUCAAGGCUCUGCUCAUGUGGCAUUGUCUACUAUACAGGAAGCAUCUGACGAUAUGUAUCGAGUCGUAUUUGAGAGGAGUCGAGUCUGGAUCGCAAAAGGAAAACAUGGUUACGAUGUCCAUCUAGCAAGAGCUGAAGAGACAGAAACAGACGACGAAUGUUCUGGAACAUCCUGGUGCGCGUUCUGGGUUUGGUGGGAAGGGGGCAGACUCUCUGUUGGGAAAGGAGCGUCGCCAAAUGAAAGGCCAUUACUCGUGUGGCCUUUGCCUAAUGAUAUGCGGAUUAAAUAUGUCGGGUUCAGCGCUUUGUGGGGUGAUAAGGCUGAUUUCAGAAUAUGGAACUUCAAUGAAGAAGCCGGCUUUUCCCAAGUAUUGGAGCUAGGUCUCCCUCACGGCGUAGUCCCUGGUUCAGCAUCUGGCACUCUUCUUGUUUCUGGAGGUCUACAUCUUCCUCUGUACAGCCAAACAGACUCUUCAGACCAAUGGGCAGUUGUGUGGAAGGAUUCACAAUUGUCAGCUGCUUCAGCAAGUUUAGCGCCAUUAUUGGCUUUAGAGCAUAUUCCACAUUUGGUAGAAGAUGCGGAGAAAGAGAGGAUUUUGCAAAAACUACCUGAACAGGUCCAAAUCUUGCUAUCAUUCCGCAAAAGCGACAAUUCCUUCAGCGACCAUCCAUCAGUCAGCAGUCAUGUAUCCACAGUGAAAAUCCUAGAAAUUCUCAACAAAAUACAAUCCUACUACCCGAUAGAUCCUAAUUUGCUACUUUCUAUCAAAACUUGGGUACAAAAGCGCCAAAGACCAGAUGGCUCCUUUACUCCUUUAGCAGCUGACAAAGAAGUAGAUUAUUAUCCGGUUGAGUUCAAAUUAAACGAAACAGACGUGAACGAAUAUUAUUACGACAAAGAUGGAAAUAUGACAGAAGAAGAAAUUAAUGCUGAGAGGACUGUUGAAGUGACCGCUGAGACUUUGGUGGCGUUGCUUGAGAUUGGUGUUGAAAAUCAGUUGGAUGCAGAUGUAGCACAAAAAGCUCAGCGAUACUUGGAGAAGAAUCUGCACAAACUGACGUCACCAGCCGCCCUUGCCGCUACAGUACUAGCUUUAGUUCUGGCCAGGAGUCCGAUAGUACCAGAAGCUCUAAUAAUUCUAAGAAACGCCUCGACGACCGCGGAGGGUGAGUUCGGAUGGCCACCGCCACGGAAGGACGCCGCUGAUUGGCUCCUCGAAGAAACCUCCAGAAACAUCAAGACUACUUCAUAUGAAGCUGUAUCAAUGGAGCAAUAUGUAGCGGGUGUGAGAGUGUUGUUAACUGCGUGCGCACGCGGCGCUCUAGCAGAAGGAGAAGCGGCUGCACGGUUCCUCUACUACAGAGCUUCUACCCUCCAACGACAUCCCAGCCUCGCCUACAUCGCCACUAAGGCCGCUGCGCAAUAUGCUGCGCUUGCGCAUGACAGACACCGGGCUCUAACCGUAUCGUUGGCAACGGCGGGAAUGGAACUGACUGACACCUUGGAACUGCGAGCUAAGACUCCACCAAGACCCCUUCAACUUCCAGGUCUUCCCACCAAAGUUUUUGUUUACGCCACUGGAGCUGGAUGUGCUACUGUACAGGGCACAAUUUCAUAUUCGACUUACGCACCGAAACCAGAAAAUGCUUUGCUAAAUAUUCAAAUGGCGAUUAUUGAAGAGAUUCGCCCAGAGAGGAGCAGCAUCGAAGAUCUCCAAGGGAAUCUGCCAACUUUGAUUAUUAAGACUUGUUUCAAAUGGAAGGCCAAAGAGCCGUCUGGAAUAUUACGCGUGGAAGUAUCACUUUUCUCGGGAUACACACUAACAUCCGUGAACCCGGUAGUACUGGCCGGAGCUACCUUCGCAGAACUUCACUACGGCUCACGCGGAGAAGCAGUUUGGUUUGUCUUCAAUAAUAUCAGCUCAACAUGCCCCAUCUGUGUGACAUACGAGGCGCGAUCAAAAUUCAUCAUAACAAGCCUUCGACCUGCAUUUGCGAAGAUUUAUCCCUCAUCUAGGCCAGACCUCGCUGUGGAAACUUUCUUCCACGCAAACCCCGGAAGUCCACUCCUUAGAGGCAUCACUGAUGAUGAUUUUAUAACUUGGUUUGACAAAAAUGGUAAAACAAGUACUAAUAUUGAUAAUAUUUGCGAAUGUGGACGAAUUUGUAGUAGGGACUAUGAGUUUAGGAAACCUAAAAGCGACAAUAUUACGGACGCUACAACUGAAGUAAAUGUUCAGACAACUGAAACAUUUACUACGGAAAGUCCAACAACGGAAAGCGUAACAACGAAAUGUACAACUACGGAAGGUGUAACUACGGAAAGUGUAACAACGGAAAUCGAAAAUGUAACUUAUACCACUAAUAAUGACGUAACCACGACUCAAACUACGAAUAAUGAAACUUCACAUAAUAUUUUUACAAAUUUAACUUUAGAAAAUCCUGAAACUACCACUGAUAUAGUUAAUGUAAAUACUAAUGCUAAUUUUACAGAAAAACAAGAAUCUACUACUUCGAAAAAUGAUCACCAUAUUAAAAUCACAAUAUUAAAGAAUUCUACUGAAAAACAAAUAAACAAUAAUCUCGAAGCGCAUUUACUUAGUAAAGACCUCGUGAACAAGAUUUCCAAAUCAAAACUCCACCCGAAAAAAUUGGAUAUAAAAAAGAAACCUUUACCAAGAAGGAAAGGUACUCUAAAAGCCACUUACGGAGAUAAACAAGACAAAUACUUUUCCAAAGUUAAAACAACCGAUAAUCCUAACACAACCACUUUUUUAACAAAUAUUACCCAAAUUAAUAACACUCAAAACAUUCACAUUGAAACAACCGCUGAAAAAAAUAACGUAACAGCCCCUCCUACAGUCAGUUCACCAACGUCACGCCUAGAAACAUCUACAAUAGCUCACACAAUAACAGCAAUCACAAAAAGCAAUAUAAAAACAAUACAUUACAAAACAAAAAAACCAAAAGCCCGUACACAAAUACAAAAGCCAAACGUGACAAACAACCAAACUCUCAAAACAAAAACGGACGAAAACAAAACAAAAGUAAAUAAAAUAAAACCAUUAAAGUCAAUUAACAAAGAGAUACACAAAAUACCGUCAACGCCGAUUUCUGAGACUUCAAAAGUUUUGAGUAGUAUUAAAUCAGAAGUUGUCCCAGAAAAUAAAGAUGGCUUCGAAAUACUUGACAAAAAUCAUCUUUGGGAGUUGCUCAAGGAAGACCCAGAUGACAUGAAAAUUGAUAAAAAUAUCGUGAAGGUGUCAAAUUUAAAUGAAAAUCGGUCAUUAUAA